AUGCCUCCUUCCCCAGGCAAGAUCCAUUCCCUACCAGUGAAAGUAUUAUACAAUAUCGACACAUCCACUCAAUCAUACCUCACGAUACUACACGAUCGUCAAGAUGUAUAUGUGCAUCCAGGAUCAUCGGCUGGUACUAUCAGCGGGAAUGGAAGUGAAGGUUCGUUGGGUAGUUGUACGUUGAAAUCUGUAGCUCGGGGAAUAUGUUUUGCGAGUCCCGAAUGUAUACCAAAUACAACAUCGCUAGAUUUCUCAGUGUACAAUCUGGAUCCAACAACGCAUCGACCUUCUUCUGCCAGAGCAUUUCCAAAUCCGAAUUCACCUGGUUUUGGAUCUGGAGAUGCAUCUUCCAAUACAUUGUCAUGGACAGGAAGAGGCUUUCUAUCUUGGGUAUUGAGUGAAAACGGAAUAGGAACAACUCUGAUAAAAGGAAGAUUAGUAAGAGAAUAUGAAUUUUCGAAUAUACAUUUCGCUCCUGAAGGUGGAUUAGAAGGUCUGAUGGCUGCCGCAGCUUCUUCCGGAAAUGGAAAUGGCAAUGGGCAUGGAGAAAGUGAUAUGGAAGAUUUGGAUGGAAAAGGUUGGGGAUUAGAAGUUGGUAUAAGUCUAAGACAAUUAAACCCAGAUGGUAAAAUUGAAUUUCAAAGUAAGAAAGAAUUUCAAGAUAUGCUUUCAAAAGGAAAAUCAAAUUCAAAUUCAACUUCAACUUCUAUUACGGCUUCCUCUCCAAUCAGAUCAACGACAAAUACGGCUGGUCCAUCAAAUUCUGCUAGUACACCUAUACCAGUACCUAGAUCCUCACCUUUAAUCAAUAGUACACAUAGGUUCAACGGAGGUACACCACAUAUAACUGGAACUCCGCAACCUGGACUUUCAGCUUCUUCGACUGCUACGAUAAGACCUUUGAUCCAGCAUCCAACACCUGUCCCCAUCAAUCACCAAAAUCAUUCUUCUUCCAGACCAUCUUCAUCGUUAUCCCAUCGUCCAUCUUCUUCCUCAAUGCCCCCGUCAUCCUUGCCUGCUCUUCCGUCAAGCUCGAAUUUACCUUCAAGCAGACCUUCUUCGUCAACAGGUGAAUCUCGGCAAUCACAACCGCAACCGCAAGCACCGCGACCUCUUCCUCAAUCACAAUCCCAGUCUCAACCACAGCCCCCUAUGAAAACACACAAACCAGCGCGAGCUGAACACACUCAAGCACAUGCGCAGCUGCAAGCUGGUCCUUCACAAGCACGUAAUAGGGAAGUAACACCGCCACCUAUACCAAGAUCGAAAUCACCACCACCUUCAACACCGUCUCGUGCAAAAUUGCAUGCUUUGUUAAGAGCAGACGGAAUGAUGUCACCUGAUCUCGCGAGACAUUUAGCUUCUAAUCCUGUUUUACUCAAUCUACUCAAAGCUGUACCGACGAAUUCGAACGCUUUGACUGCUCUAAGGAAUAUAACGGGUAUCAACAAAUCACCUCAUGACAAGAUCAAGAAAGGAUCGGGAUCGGCAUUAGCUUCAGCUUCAAUUCUAGACGAUGAUAAAGAAAGAGAUAAUAGUCCAGAAGCUACAACACCAACUCCAUCUGCUCCACCUCUCCUUACCCCAAGUAAGAUGACGAGAAAUAUGACGGAAGGUUGUUGUAAUUGUGGGACGAUGACUAGUAGUUGCUGGAGAACCAAAAAGAUGAAAGACGGGACUCCCAGAAAAGUUUGCGAUGAUUGCGGAUUGUACUUCAACGAGUAUAAGAAGAUGCGUCCGCCUGAAUUAUGGAAUCAACCUUUCAAACAAGGAUCAUCAUCUACUUCUACGAAUGAGCCCAAACGUAAACUCGCUCAUGGGCACGAGAUAAUAAACGAUGGUCCAGCGUCUGGGCUACGUUCCUCACCAAGAUUGAAUCGUACGAACUCAGAUAAGGAUACACAUACACUGUCCAGUACAGGAAUAUCAACAUCUGCAUCCAUGUCAUCUGCAACAUCAUCGAUGAUGAAUAUACAACCUGAUUCACCUAGGAAAAGACAGAAAAUCAAAGCUCCACCGCCACCAAGUCCUAGAAGAGCAACAAGAGCAAGUGUAAGAGAAGGUACAAGUGCAACUGGAAGUGAUUUCGGUGCGGAAGUAUUUGGGUUUUCACCUAAUACAUCCAUUUUCGGUACUUCUCCUGCAGUACCUCUACAACAACAAGAUUCGUUUGGCACUGUCAUGUCAGGAAUGAUCAAUCAGCAAUCCACAUCUCAAACCGGAUUUAAUAACAUCAAUGAUAAUAACAAUAAUAAUGUCAUACAUAAUGGAAAUGGUAUAACACCCAAUGGAAAUGAAUUAUUAUCGACACCUAUAGAUCCUCAACAUGAUAUUGACAUAAAUGCCUUUUUGGCACAAAUGGAUUCUUCAACUGAAGGUGGAUUCAAUCUCGAUAAUCUAUUCAAUGGUCUAGGUGAUGGAAUGGGUGUUGAAUUAAGUCAGGAAAUGCAAGAUCUACUUAAUGGUUGGGAAACUCAAUUGAAUGAUCCAAACUUAUUAGGAAAUUUGGAUAUGUCAUUACUAGGUGAUGGCAGUGCUAAUAGUAAUAGUAAUGGUCAUGGAUUGGAAAACACCGGUGGGCAUUCGAUAGGGAUGGGCUAUACGUCGAAUGGGAAUACCGGGACUGGAUCGUGA